AUGGUCGUCGGAACUGUCCUUGUCACCGGAGGGACCGGCUACAUUGGGUCCUUUACGGCCCUUACUCUCCUCGAGAACGACUAUGACGUCGUCAUCGUCGACAACCUUUACAACUCCUCCGAGGUCGCCGCAGACCGCAUCGAGCUUCUCUGUGGGCGACGUCCGGCGUUUUACAAGGUCGACGUGACCGACGAGGCGGGGCUCGACUCCGUCUUCGAGAAGCACCCCGCCAUCGAUAGCGUGAUUCAUUUCGCUGCUCUCAAGGCCGUUGGCGAGUCCGGAGAGAUCCCCCUCGAGUACUAUCGCGUCAAUGUCGGCGGCACCAUCUCCCUUCUCAGCUCCAUGACGAAGCACAACGUCUCCAACAUCGUCUUCUCCUCCUCGGCCACGGUAUAUGGCGACGCCACCCGCUUCCCCAACAUGAUUCCUAUCCCCGAGACGUGUCCCAUCGGCCCGACGAAUACCUAUGGCCGUACCAAGUCUGUCGUUGAGAUGGUCAUCACCGACCACGUCGAGGCGCAGAGAAACAACCUGAAGAAGGCCGGCAAGCCUUUCGACCACUGGAAUGCGGGCUUGCUGCGCUACUUCAACCCGUGCGGCGCCCACCCCAGCGGGAUCAUGGGAGAAGACCCCAGGGCGUGCCCUACAACCUACUACCCUUGCUCGGAAAGCUCCCUUUACACGUCAAAGCAUUACUACUCAUCCCGGGACGGCACCGCCAUCCGCGACUAUAUCCACGUGCUCGACCUCGCCAAGGGCCACCUCGUUGCCCUCAACUACCUCCGCGAGCAGCAGCCCGGCGUCAAGGCCGUUAACCUCGGCUCCGGCCGCGGCAGCACCGUCUUCGAGAUCAUCAACGCCUUUAGCGCCGGCGAUGUCCUCGAUCUUACCGCCAACCCCGCCCUCGCAAACGAAAUCCUGCACUGGAAGACGGAGCUCAGCAUGGAGCAGGCUUGCGCAGACUUGUGGAAGUGGGUGAGUAACAACCCAAAGGGCUACAGGCAGGAUCCACCAUCCGAGCUAUUGGAAGCUCUCAAGAAGUGA